GACAAGUGAAUAACAUAAUAAUACAUAUAUGUUACAUAUUACCUAGUCCUUGUUGCAGCUAGCUAGCUAGAGAUCUUAUCUUCUUGGAAUUGAAAAUGGUUGGCUCUAAGGCAUUUUCUGCAGCAUUGACUCUGCUAAGCUUUCUCCUUUUCACUUGUAUAUCAUUAUCCCAUUCCGAUGCUGCCCCAUGCCCUCCGGCUGCUGUACCGUCGCCGGCGGCCGCCAAGUGCCCGAAAGACACACUGAAGUUUGGGGUUUGCGGCGACUGGCUGGGGCUGGUUCACGAGGUGAUCGGAGCUCCGCCGAGCAGCGAGUGCUGCUCUGUGUUGAAAGGGGUGGCGGAGCUUGAAGCUGCAGCGUGUCUGUGCACCGCCAUUAAAGCCGACGUUUUGGGUGGCUUGAAGAUGGAGAUUCCGGUGGCUAUAAGUUUGGUCCUUAAUUCUUGUGGCAAGAAGGUGCCCAAUGGCUUUGUAUGUUAAUGCAUGCAUGCCAUUCUUUUCUUCAAUUGGUUAUUCCCAUGCAUUAAUAUAAUUGGUUUGAUCGAGUUUGAUGUUUUGUUGUAAAAUUAAAGAGGUUUGAGAUUGGAGAAACGUGUGUAAGUGUGUUAUUGUUAUUACAUUUUUUUAUGCAAAUUUGUUCAAUACAUAUUGGUAUUGUUAAUUUUUAAAUUACAUUGUCUAGUA